CUCUGGUACAGGAAAGGAGUUUGGAGGAAUGCACUAACAAUGGAUGUCUAUGGGGCAAAGGGGGGUUACAAGCCGAAAUGUGCAACUUUUAUGUUUGAUAAAGUGCUUAUAUUAAUUAUUCAGGAUAAAAACAUGUUUUCUGAGCUUUAAAGUUGUCUAAAUAGUCCUUUUGAAGAGGGACUUCUUUUUUAGGUGGAUUAACUGGUAAUGUAAAUGUUAACAGUACUUUGUGGAUAGUCGUGUCACAUCUCGCUCUGGUUUCCUAACGUGUUUUGUGCACAAGUAACUGGGUUUAAUGGCUUUGCAUGGUCAUGACAGGAGGUGAAAUAUUGGAUAUAACUUUACACAGAUAAGACUGGUAUCAGAAUUGAAGUGUCUAGGUCCGUGUUUCCUGUGACACCUUUUACUUCUCAAAUCUGCUUGGUGGAGGAUAAAUAUAGAGAGAGGCUUGAAGGAGCAAUGAGACGGUUGGAUUACUCCUUCCUCUGGGAUUCUCUGGCUAUGAUGGACCACCAAACCAGACACUGAAUCAGCUCUGCUCAAGCAGACACAAUGGUCCUUGUUAUAUUCCAGUUAGCAACUCAAUCAUCAGUUGCCAAUUCAACAGAGAAAAAUGAAAACUUGGGGCCAUCCACAGCACAUAUCCUGCCCAUACUACUGGGGGUCUCAGUCUUAGUGCUUUUUCUUGGGUUACUGACCUGGUUUUGCUACAGGUUGAAAAACCAGAGGAAAGCUGUCAUCACCUCCGUCGACAAGAAAGUACCAAAUGGCAUCCUGGAAGAGCAAGAUGUGUGUAUAGAAGAAUUUAUAGAUGUGGAUAUAGAGGAUGAUGAUCUUGGCUGUACGUCAGAAGAACAACAGACGGUGGUCUUACUGCCGAGAUCUCCUUCUACUUCCAAAACAUAUGUCCCGAUCCCUGUAGACCACCUGGAGGAAGAAUAUCGAAUACGCUCGGCCGAUGAUGGGAAGCUUUUUAGAGAAGAGUACAACACGUUACCGGGAGGUUCGACCCAAGGAACAUGUGAAGAGGCUAUUAAAGAGGAAAACAAGGAGAAGAACAGAUAUCCAAACAUUUUACCAUAUGAUCAUUCCAGAGUGGUUCUAACACCAAUCGAUGGGGUCCCUUGUUCAGAUUACAUUAAUGCAUCAUAUAUUGAUGGUUAUAAAGAUAAGAAUAAAUUCAUUGCAGCACAAGGUCCGAAGCAGGACACGGUAGCAGAUUUCUGGAGAAUGAUUUGGGAACAGAAAUCAGCCACUAUUGUAAUGCUAACAAAUCUAAAGGAGAGAAAAGAGGAUAAGUGUUAUCAGUAUUGGCCUGAUCAGGGAUGCUGGACGUAUGGUAACGUGCGUGUUGCUGUGGAAGAUUUCACCAUACUAGUGGACUACACAAUACGCAAAUUCUGUGUGCAAUAUCAAGCCAGUGAUGGCUCAAAAACGCCCCGUCUGGUCACGCAGCUCCACUUCACCAGCUGGCCUGACUUCGGCGUUCCCUUCUCCCCCAUCGGUAUGCUCAAGUUCCUGAAGAAAGUGAAGCAUGUUAAUCCCUCGUACGCCGGGCCCAUCGUGGUGCACUGCAGUGCUGGGGUGGGCAGGACAGGAACUUUUAUCGUCAUCGAUGCUAUGAUCGACAUGACGCACACAGAACAGAAGGUGGACGUGUUCGGUUUUGUAUCACGGAUACGAGAGCAAAGAUCACAGCUCAUUCAGACAGACUUGCAGUACUCAUUCAUCUAUCAAGCUCUGCUGGAGUACUUUCUGUACGGAGACACAGAGCUGGAUGUUUCUUCUCUAGAGGGACAUCUGGAUAAACUGCACAACACCUGUGCUCCACUAGACCGUGUGGGCCUGGAGGAGGAGUUUAAAAAACUGACGAACAUGCGCAUCAUGAAGGAAAACAUGAGGAUGGGCAACCUGCCAGCCAACAUGAAGAAAAACAGAGUGCUUCAGAUUAUUCCAUAUGACUUUAACAGAGUAAUACUAUCUAUGAAAAGAGGUCAAGAGUUCACGGAUUAUAUCAACGCAUCUUUCAUUGAUGGGUACCGGCAGAAGGACUAUUUCAUCGCCACACAGGGUCCUCUGUCACACACAGUGGAAGAUUUUUGGAGGAUGGUGUGGGAAUGGAAGUGUCACUCAAUCGUCAUGCUGACAGAACUGCAGGAGAGAGAUCAGGACAAGUGUUUUCAGUACUGGCCUAAUGAAGAUUCUGUGACAUACGGGGAGUUCACCGUGGAGAUUAAAGCCGACACACUGUGUGACACGUUCAGUCUCAGAGAUCUAGUGAUCACAUACAGCGUGGAUAAGCAGACACGUUUAGUUCGGCACUUUCAUUUCCAUGGCUGGCCAGAAAUCGGGAUCCCGGCUGAAGGUAAAGGAAUGAUUGACAUCAUCGCGUCAGUACAGAAACAACAGCAACAGUCGGGCAACCACCCCAUAGUCGUGCAUUGCAGUGCGGGAGCGGGUCGGACCGGUACGUUUGUCGCCCUCAGUAAUAUUCUGGAGCGAGUGAAAGCCGAGGGUUUGCUGGACGUGUUUCAGACAGUGAAAAGUUUACGAAUGCAGCGGCCACACAUGGUGCAGACAGUGGAACAGUAUGAUUUCUGCUACAGAGUGGUACAGGACUUUGUCGACAUUUUCUCAGACUAUGCCAAUUUUAAAUGAUCUAAUCUGCCUUAAAUGUUUGAGUUGUUGGAUGCUUUUUUACACACCAGUCGAUCAGGAUUUUACACCGCGACUGGAAGAUAAUUACGCUCUAUUUUGCUAUGCACUUCUCCUCAGUGUUACUAAAAGACCAUAUCUAUCUGUAAUAUACUGUAUUAAGGCUACUAAAGUUUUAAAAAACUGUAAAAUGUUCUAUCUCCUUUAUAACAUAUUUAAAUGGGUUGUUUUCUUUUGGUCUUAAAUUGUCUCUCUUACGAUGGAUCAUUCCAAUUUCUGUUAUUAUUGUUAAGUAGUGUUUGUCUUUGUUUGUUCAGCUAAUUAUUUGUAUUAUUUUUUUAAAAGCAACUCAUGGAGAGUUUGUAAAGCUGUAGGUGUUAUGUAUUUAUGCACAGUUGCAGACAGGACAUCUUGCUAGAUAAAGUGUUUAUGUGAAUGUUUCAUGCGAUUUUAUUUAUUCAGAGUUAUAGUCUUACAUUUUAUGAGAUAUAAUUGUGUCAAAAAGUUAUGUUUGCUCCUGUCUUUAACAUUGAGCUCAUCAGUCAUUUCAAAUGUGAACAUUUUUGACUUUUUGGUUUCUGAGCAGCAAGUAUACCCAUCAAAUGAAGAGAGUAAAAGAGAUUAUUUUAAUUCUAUUCAAGUAUUUGGCAAACGUAUCGUUAGUGAGAAAGGCACAAAAACAUUUACAUGUAACAUCAGCAAGGCUUUAUAUUAGAGGAGAUCUUGCACAUUACAAAAGAAGAACCGUAUGAGUCUCAUGACCUUUGACCUUAAACUUCCAGCCUCUGUUUCCCUGAGAAUAUUACUGAAAAUCAGCACAGGUUUUGAAAGCACAUAUCACUGAUUGUUGCUUUGCUCAAAGCCAAGGAUUUACAAAUAAAUGAACAAAUUCAUUAUGAAAUCA